UUAUAUACUAGUGUGAAUAAUCUAUUUAUUUAUUUAUUUUCUUUCUUUUUUUUUCUCUCUCUUUUUUUUUAUUUAUUUAUUUUAUUUUGUAUAUUUUGUAAAUAGUUAUCAUUCAUGAAAGAUACUUUAUUUGAACUGAAAGAAACAUCAAAAAGGGAGAACGUUACUUACCAUUUUCAACCUAAUCAACAUUUUAAUGCUAUCAAACAUGUCAUUAUUAAACGUUGUAAACAAAAAUUACCUCGCAUUAGCCCUCCACCACCUCUUCCACAACAUGUAGGUGGAUUACCUUCACCUCCUGCAGAAGAAAAGAAAGAAAUGAUAGAGGAAGAACGAUCACGAUCACCUAUAAUAAUUGAAGAAAAAAAGAGUUUGAGUAGUCAUGAAAUUAAAGAAAAAAUCGAACUUUUAAAAGAAGAGAAACACAAGUUAUUCCAACUUAUAAAAAGAAUGAUGAUAGAAGAGGAAGAAAAUAAAAAACGAGAACGAUAUUUAAAGCAACAAGAAGAAGAAGAAGAGAAUAGAAAACGAUUAAUAGAAGAACAACAAAAAAAUGAAAAGCCUUCAAAAAAGAAGAGUAGAUGGGCUCCUAUUUCAUCAUCAACAGAUAAUUCAUUUUAUAAUAACAGUCAUCAUCAUCAUUCAGCAACUUCCUCCUAUUUCUAUUCUUCUACUCGUUUACCUGCUCCAACAAACAGAUAUAAUAAUAAUACGCCAAAUCCAAGGAUAAGACAUUAUCAUAUUCCAUCAAGGUCUCCGUAUUCAAGAUGAAAGCUUAUUACUUUU